AUGGGUACAUCAAUUUGUGUAAAAGGAACCCAAUAAACCUAAGUUGAAGUAAAAACAAAUUCAUAACGUACAUAUAAAUUAAAUGGACCACCUCAUUUAUUUAAACCAACUCCCAUUAUUAGUGUUUUGAUAUUUGAUGAAUAAGUUGAGAAGGAAGAAUCUCCUAAAAAAGAAAUAAUCCAAUAAUAAAGUCACAAGUAGAUAGAAAAAUAAAUCUAAUAUACAGCUUAAUAAUCUGAAGAGCUGGAUAGUUAAUAAUAAAAUCCAUGGAUUAAAAAAAACUUUGCAAUUGAAGCCAUCAAUGUAUCCAAAGUAAAAAAUGAUGAUAUUAAUAAUUCAAACAAUGGCAAUCUAAAUAAUUCUUUUGAUCAAAAAAAUUCAUUUGCUGAAACCUCCAGAUAAAAACCUAUUCUUAAAAAUAAGAGUGGAUAAGAUGUUUCAAAUAUUUCAAUUUCAGCUGGAUCAUAGAGAUCUAUAAAAAAGGUUUCCUUUGAUAAAAAACAAUAGGUUUGGUACACUAAAUACAAAAGUUGA